ACCAUACACUACAGCGCCGUCUAUCAACUGUUUACGACACUAGUUCGUCACAACACUUAAUAUUAUUGUUCUUUUAUUCCGACAAGAACACAGUUUUUACCCUGAAUAAACAAUUUAUAAGCAAAUAAAUACUAUGUUUAUUACUCUUAGAUUUGGUGAUGAUGACAAACUGUUGGUGAAUCCAAACUGUGCUUGUAAAAAUAUCCUCGAGUUUAUCCGUGAAAAAUGUGAUUGUGAUAAAAGUGCAUUAGUUGACCUGUGUGACGAGAAUGGAUGCGUCAAGUAUCUUCAUGAGCAACCAGAGAUGGACCUCGCUUCAGAUAUCAUUCAGGAUAAAGCAACAUAUAUUCCUCUAGUUGUGGAAAAGAAUGAAGACCAGACUAUCAAGAAGUUUCAUCCACUUUUACAAAAUUGCAAAGCAGUCUACCCAACCUUAAAAAGUAAGCCUUGUCACAGUUACAGGUCUUCUCGGAGCCAUAUUUUAACUUGAUUCACGACUCACUAGAGGGAACAAAAAGC